UGCGCUAGUUAGCCAUGGCAAACACUUGUAGCAGCUCGCACGUAUUUUGACAAGCAGCUGUUUGGAAGACAAGCGGAAGUGAUCGUGUGUUUCACUGUCGAGUCGUCUCCUCCGAAUGCUUGUUCUUUAUUUUACCGAUACAAAAGAGCAGUGUAGUCGUGUGUGACUGUUUUGUGCGUAAUAAAAACAACAACACAAAAGAGAAGCAGGCAGAAUAAACAGGGGCCUGCAUGGCAGCUUAACUUUGACUUGGUUUGUUUUUAUUGUUAUGUAAAGUGGUGUCAAGGUAAUAACUUAACCCUGGCAGAUUGUUAGGGCGCACCAGUGCUAACAGGUUCUUCCUCGGGUCGACGCUGGACAAAGGAGACAGAAUGGCAGGAGCUGAAGGCAAAUCCACAGUAAUUAACGGUGGCUCAGAGAAGAAAGAGCCAGAGGAAGAACAGCACAGAGAGGGAGACGAAAAGAAGAAAGAAGAAGAAGAAUUAUCACAGUCCUCUCAAGAGGCUACCAAAGAAACAGGAGAGACAUCUGGAGACAGGUCUCUGCCAAAUGUGGAAGAAGAGAAAAGCACAAACCCAGAGGCAGAGGAGGCCAAAGGGAAGGAGGAAGAGGCGGGGGAGGAAGAAGGAGAAGACACCGACAGCAUGGAAGGCACAGGCUUCUACUCCCUGAUUGAAGAGGGUGAAAAAGAAGGCGAGGGAGGCAAGAGAGAGAGGGCGAGGGAGAUGAAGGGCAACAAAAGGGCAUCAAGAAAGAGAAACAGACCUGGUGGCGGCACAAACCGCUCCUCCAGUUCUGAUGAAGAUGACUAUGAGAAUGAUGAAGACGAACAGAAAGACAGUGAUGAUGAUGAUGAUGACGACGACGACGACGAUGAUGAUGACGAUGACGAGGCCAUGGCAGCCUGGCUGGGAGCAGAGCUGUGUGACCUCCGUGGGCCGACGUGGCGAGCCGUGCCAUCGCUGCUUUCCAGGGAGAUCGGCAGGGACUCGCAUCAGUUUGUGAGGCGUGUCUGUGGAGCUCGGGGCCUCGUGCAGAGGCUGGAGCUCCAGGGCCGUUUGGAGAAACACACGGGCUGCGUCAACACGCUGCACUUCAACCCAUCAGGCACACGCCUGGCUUCAGGCAGCGAUGACCUGCGAGUUGUCAUCUGGGACUGGGCCAAUCGCCGCGCCGAGCUGGAGUUUGACAGCGGUCACAUAAGCAACGUCUUUCAGGCAAAAUUCCUGCCUCACAGCGGAGACUCGACCUUAGCCAUGUGCGCUCGAGACGGUCAGAUCAGAGUGGCUGAGCUGUCCGCCACGCAACGCUGCAAGAACACCAUGCGAGUAGCACAACAUAAAGGAGCGGCACACAAGCUGGCCCUUGAGCCAGACUCUCCGUGCUCCUUUCUGUCUGCUGGAGAGGACGCUGUUGUAUUUGGAAUUGAUCUGCGUCUUGAUAGACCUGCCAAUAAACUGGUGGUUGUAAAGGAGGGCAACAAAAAAGUUGGCCUGUACACCAUCUACGUCAACCCAGCAAAGACGCAUCACUUCGCUGUGGGUGGAAGAGACCAGUAUGUGAGGAUCUACGACCAGAGGAAAAUAAACGAGAACGACAACAACGGUGUUUUGAAAAAGUUUUGUCCCUCACACCUGGUGUCCAGUGAGUCCAAAACCAACAUAACCUGCCUGGUGUACAGUCACGAUGGCACAGAGCUCCUUGCCAGCUACAACGACGAGGACAUCUACCUGUUUGACUCCAACCACAGCGAUGGAGCCGACUACCGCAAGAGAUACAAGGGACAUCGUAACAACGCCACUGUGAAGGGAGUGAACUUCUACGGACCGUGCAGUGAAUUUGUGGUCAGUGGAAGUGACUGUGGACACAUCUACCUGUGGGACAAGUAUUCCGCACGUAUUGUCCAGUUUAUGGACGGAGACCGAGGAGGGGUGGUCAACUGUCUGGAGCCUCACCCUCAUCUGCCUGGUAUGGCCACCAGUGGGUUGGACCAUGACAUCAAACUGUGGGCUCCAACAGCUGAAAGCCCUACAGGAUUGAAGGGUCUGGAGGAGGUCAUGAAGAAAAACAAGCGUGAGCGAGACGAAGACAGCGUUCGUCACGGCGACCAGUACGACACCCAGCUGUUGUGGUUUCUGAUGAGACACAUGAGGAACAGACGGCCAGUGAGGACCCGUCGUGAGGGUGCAGACCCAGACUCGGAUGAGUCCUGGAGCUCUCCAGACUCCUCUGACGAGGAGGAAGGAGGCCCAGACCACGUCCAGUGCAUGUCUUCUUGAGCCAACCACACACACACAUACAUACACACACACACAUAUACAUACACAUACAUACAUUCUUUAUUGCCCUUGAAUUGAUGCACAUAGGCAAGCACUAUUGACACACUGGCACACUCAGACACUGACGAGCCACAGACUUUGGAUGUUACUGUUUGUUUGAUUUAUUGUUUUUUUUUUGUCAUUAUCCAAUCUCAUACAGACAAACAUACUCUUACCUACACCUGCUGUUAAAGCAGUGACACAAAUACAUGACAUGUUUGUUAAUGACUCCCUAUAAACCACUGGGAAGCCACAGCUUUUCCAUGCAUCACCUUUGUCUUUGCCUUAGCUUGGUGUCCACGGUUUGAACAGAGGCUACAGACGGCAACAAGCACCUCCCACUUAAGGCACCCAGUAGUUGGCAGCACAUCACCAGCACAAGAUCCCUCCUCUCCUAGUCACUAAGAAGAGGGGCCGCACAGGGCCGGAUGUAAACCAAUCAACCAUCCCUGAAAAUGUGACGUCCUUUGACAUUUGAAUUUAAAGAUUAAAUAAAAAGCUAUGGCCCCUCACUGCAGCACUUCGGCCCCAUUAGUGACUCCUGACCCCUCAGGUUGAGCCAUUUUGUUGCAUUCAUUACAAGUCUGCCCCCGGAGGACGACUAAAAGCCUUCACCCUGUAUGCUGCCUGCAGCUACUGCGCCCCCCACACCCUCCCAACAUCAGUCUGUCCCUCCCUACUGAGUGCACUUUGAAUCAGGGACGCUUUAGUUUUCAGCUGUCACAAAACUGUGUUUCAGAGGCAGAGUUCUCAACUUGCUUUGUAUAAAAAAAAAACAACAUAGGAGUGUAUUUUUUUUGCGCGGGUGAAUACUUUGCACUUAAAAUAUUUUUGACUUGGGAAGAGAAGGUUAGAUCUUGCUUCCACCAGCCUCUUCCUUUUCCUCGUUUCUCCUCCUUUCUCACCCCCUCCAACCUGACACCCAUUUUUGACGGAACACCACUUCACCUCUCACCUAAGACAGAAAAGAGUUUUUCAGCAUUUUCACCGAGAAUAAAUGAACUAAAUGGAACGGUGCCGGAUGUUUUGAGGACAUUUAUAUCAGUGCUGCUCUGUCACAGGUUCAGAGAGAAGGAUGGGGGUCAGCAGGGGUCAGUAUGCUUGCCAGUCAUUUGUUGUGUGAGAGCGAUAAAGUCCAGCUUUUCUCAAUUUCUGUGAGAACCCUUAGACAAAUUUAUAUGUGUAAAUAUAUAUAUAAAUAUAUUAAAACUGUAAAAAAAAAAAAGCAAAUGCAGUUUGGCUUCAAA